CCCCCUCUGGCAAAGCGCCUCAAUUUCCCAGACGACAUCGCUUCUCGUACAUUCCGCCAUAUUGCCAUCGCCUAAACGCGCUGGCUGGAUCGGCUCCUAUCCACAACUGAAAAUUUCUGCAGUGAUGACUCAGACGGUUCAGACCAACGGGGUUCAACCCCUCAGUAAGACCUGGGAACUGAGUCUGUAUGAGCUACAGAGAACUCCACAGGAAGCUAUAACAGAUGGGCUGGAGAUAGCCGUGUCGCCCAGGUCCUUGCACAGUGAACUAAUGUGUCCUAUCUGUCUGGACAUGCUGAAGAACACAAUGACAACUAAAGAAUGUCUGCACCGCUUCUGCGCUGAUUGUAUCAUCACAGCUUUGAGAUCUGGUAAUAAAGAGUGUCCUACCUGUCGUAAGAAGCUGGUGUCUAAGAGGUCGCUGCGUCCAGACCCGAAUUUUGAUGCUCUGAUUAGUAAGAUUUAUCCCAGCCGUGACGAGUACGAGGCCCACCAGGAGAGAGUAUUGGCCCGCAUUAGCAAACACAACAACCAGCAAGCCUUGUCCCACAGCAUAGAGGAGGGGCUGAAGAUACAGGCUAUGACCAGACUGCAGCGUGGUAAGAGACACACAGUGGAGAACGGAAGCGGAGCAGAAGACAAUGGAGACUCCUCCCACUGUAGCAACGCCUCUGUCCACAGCAACCAGGAGGCAGGUCCGAGCAUCAAACGCACCAAGACGAGCGAUGACAGCGGUUUGGACAUGGACAAUGCUGCUGAGAAUGGGGGCGGGGACUCUGUGAUCGAUGGUGGUGCAAGUGAAAUAGAACUGGUGUUUAGGCCACAUCCCACCUUGAUGGAGAAGGAUGACAGUCACAACAGUGUGGAGUUUGUCCCUCGCUACAUUAAGACGUCCGGUAAUGCAACAGUGGAUCACCUGUCUAAAUACCUGGCUGUCCGAUUGGCUCUGGAGGAACUGAGAAGAAACGCUGAGGCCAGUCCUGUCAAUGUGGAGGCGGCUUCAGAGAAACAGUACACCAUCUACAUCCCCACUGCUGGAAACCAGUUCACUGUCCUGAACGGUUCCUUCUCUCUGGAGCUGGUCAGCGAAAAGUACUGGAAGGUGAACAAACCCAUGGAGCUCUACUUUGCCCCUACUAAAGAACACAAGUAGACACAUAAUAACACACACGUGCAUACACACAUAACCACAUACACACUCACCAGUUGGAAGUAAACAGACGGACUUGGCUACAUGUGCGCACACAGAAACAAGAGAGGUGUGUGUGUCUGAAGGAGAUUAGGGGGGUUGGUGAAACCCCUGAACGGACUCUUGUAAAAAGAAAAAACCCUCGUUUUAUAUUCUCUGUAUCUUUGUGUGUCUCUUUCUAUCUUUCUCAGUAGAAGGUAGCAGAUCAGUGCAGCAGCUUGCAGAUAAAUCACAGAUAAAGGUCUGCUGCUAACAGUAACUAUAGAUUCUCUCCAGCUCAGAAAACCAGGCUCCAUUCACAGUCUCAGUUACCAAUGUGCUGUUUUCCAACAAAAGAACAUGUAAUAUUCCAUAUUUGUCUUCAGCAGGGCCCCUUUUAUACUGUAUGAUGUUGGUCAACCAGAGGGUAGAAGAAUGUGAUGAAAUGGUGGUCUUAGAUCUCAUUUUGAAUUACAGCCACCAACAGGUCAGUUAGUGCUUUAGAGGCUGUCUGAAUUCUGAAAUGCUGCUCUUAGAUUUAAGAUCACAUUGCACAAUGUUAAAGUCGGACUUGUGCGACAACCCACAUCAGCAAAAUAACCAAUCAGAAGAUAAAGUCGUAUGACACACACAGGCUGAUACCAACAUUGUAAAUACACAUACAUACUGUGUGUACACGUGCGCUUUUCAACUGUACCUGUCCAUGAUAGAAGAAUCUGACACGUACGGAAGCAAAACCAGGCCAUAAUAAUCCGAAUUUCAUAGUGAAUUGAACCUACUGAAUACUUAAUGUUGAAAGUUAGAAACCACUGAAUGUGAAGCAUUGAAAUAUUUCACUUUGAAAACCACCAGUCUGAAUUUCUGUGGUGACAUUUGCCAUUAGUGUCUUUGCUAACCUAAAUGUUUAGAAAAAUGUAAAAAACUGGAUUUUUCAGAGGGGAUUUUUUGAUCUAAAAAGACAAAUAGAUUUGAAAUUACACAGCUGAAAUGACGUACUUGACAUUUGCUAGGAGGGAAUUUCAUUUACAUAAAUUCAGACAUAUUUCAAUGUUCAACAUUAAGUAAUCAGCAGUGGUUAAAGGUGCCUGUGGGUGUUUAGACCUCUACCAGCACUGUGGAGCUGAAUUUCUAUAACUGGAUUCCUGUUCUGUUUAUCUUGAGCACAUACUCGCACACAGGUGGUGCAAUACACAGUCCUGCCUCUCUAUCAGGUGGUGGUAAUGUGCCAGUUACCGCAGCAAACGGACCAUUUGUACAGUGAAGUGUCAAUGACCGACUGUCUCAAAAUGUUAAUCUCCAUAUGUAAGCUACGUUGUGUCUCCCUGGUCUUCUGUCUACUUCCUGAGUGAGGAUUUCAAUUAUUUGAUUUGUGACGUGUAUAAACCACUUUUCUAGUGUAACCUGGCCUCAAGUUUUCAGUUGCUCAUAAGAUUCCUAUAAUUAUUUUUGACAUUUCUUAGCUUGCAUAAUUAUGCCUCUGAAUAAAAGCCUGAUAUUCUCAGAGCCAUCUGGCACAGUGACGUACUGUUAUCACACAGUGUACAGGGACGAGAAGGCACCUGCUAAUCUGUAUGUUUGAAUGCUAGAUGGUGAAAAGUGCGUUUACACUGAGGAAUCCAGGUCAAUCUACAGCAUUCAAUGAUGUGAAGCUACACAGAUUGAAGCAGGCAAAUAGGUGUUUUUGUUUGUUUCUUGUUUCUGAUACUGUUGCAGGUGUUCUCUGGAAAUCUUUUUUUGGACAUGUCUGUCGUCUUUCAAUAAAACCAGAGAAUGGUGACGGUUUGAAUGGCUGCAGUCUGUUUUCCUGCUGUCUGGAAACUGAAUCACUAUAGCAGGACACAGGACAGAGAGAGUAUCUAAUGAAUGCAGCUACCAGUGUUAACGCAUGAUAACAAACCAGGUGCAGCACCAGCAUGGUGCGUGAAGACUGGUUGGGGAGUGAAGUGAAACUCUGAACUGUGACUGUGAGGUACAAUCUGGCAGCUGUUGUCUUGAUCUGUUGCCUGUAGGAAAAAACUGUCUUCUAAUAUCUGUGGCUGCUCUCUAUGGCUCGUCCUUUUUAUAAAUGUCUUUUGUAACAUGGAAAGAAUGGUGUUUUGUGUGUGUGUGUGUGUGGGUGUGGGUGUGGAGCAGAGUGGGGUGGGAGGGUAUUUUUUGCAGCACCGUGGACAGUCAGACCAUUACAGUAUUCACCAUCCCACCUACCUUUUGAUCGAUCCCACUCCCCUUGCUGACUCAGCAGUGUAACAUGACUGCCAGCGUUAGGAGGGUUAUUUUCUCAUCAGCACUCCUUCAAGGCAAAACAUGACAUCACAGAAGACGUAAGAGUACAGUUCCUUAUUGUUUCAUACACGUGGUGGUGGUUCGGUGAGAUGUUUUGAUUGAAGAUGUUUGAAGUUGUUUUGACGCUAAGGAAGGGGUCUGAAUGUCCCAAAAGUAGGGAGAAGCCCAGUUUGUGCCAUAAAUGUGUCCAUAAUAGAACACCUUUUAUUCUGCGACUGAUUGGGUAAAUUGUUCUGGUCACAAGGAACCUGAUUGGACAAACCACAACCAUCACACUAAACCCUUUACAGGUGGUGCAGCACCAUGUAAACAUCAGCUGUGGACCAAGGCCCAGUUUAGUUUGCUUGUCAGUAGUAGCAUUUAGUGUUUGUGGAGAGCUGGAAACCUUUUCCUUUGCUGUAGGAGUUUCAUGUUAGAUAUUGUGUAGGUAACAUACCACAUGAGGAGCAGCUUAUGGGUGUAGUGAAAAUGAAGAGAAACAAUUUCUGAGCUCCGUAAUAAAUAUGUCUCUGCAGCUUCAAUUCGGGGCAGUUCAGCCAGUUUUUGAGAGACUAUACUAACUGACCACCACACUCUCCCUGGGACCCAAACAUCAGCUGAAGACCAGAGCUUUCCACCACAUCUUAUGGUCUUGGUCAGUGGAUGAAUUUAGCUCAGUUUUUCACUUUGACAAAAAUAAUAUAAAUAACUUUGAAUAAUUAUUUGGUCACAAAUGAACAUUGACAUUUGAUUUCUGUUCCGUUGAUCCAGUUGAUUCAGUUACUGUCAGUGGAAAUGGCUCAUUUAACCCCAAGGUUUUGCCCAGAUUCUGGAUUCAGGGAGGAGAAGGUGAGCGGUUUGAGUCAGAGGUGUGUGGGAAGCACCGUCACUCUCUUCUUAUUUGGUACGUGUGUGUGUGUGUGUGUGUGUGUGUGUGUGUGUGUGUGUGUGUGUGUGUGUGUGUGUGUGUGUGUGUGUGUGUGUGUGUGUGUGUGUGUGUGUGUGUGUGUGUGUGUGUGUGUGUGUGUGUGUGUGUGUGUGUGUGUGUGUGUGUGAGAGAUGAUUGGCUGUGUGUAUGUGUGGAACCUGUACACUGCAUCUUUCUGUUUGGACAUUAAACCUGAAAUUGUGUGUUCAUCGUUGAACACAGUGCUGUUGCUUGUGUUUUCACUGAUUAAAAACUGUUGCGUUACUGUG